CAAAACAUCAACACGUGUUUUGCGUGAAACCGGUCCGGUGUUUUUAAAAAACGGAGGAGCCGAAACUGAAGCAUGUCGGUUGAUGUCGAGAAAGAUCAAAGAGUUAGCAAUUUAAGAUUUCUUUGGGCAGCUGGGAUUUUGUAUGCAGAGACAAAUCCCCAACUUUCAAAGCACUUCAUCUAUUACUACAGUUCGCAAAUGGAUGCAUCUACUGUGGGACCUCGAGCCAACCCACUGCCCCAGACAUGUUUCAGCAACCAGGAACCCUAAGAAGGCGGAUAAGUGCGUCUUCCACGAAGAAGAGGUCCACCUACCAGCUCCUUUCACCUUCUCCGGAGUUCACUUGCUCCCGUCGGUCCGUGUACCGAAGAGACCCACUCGGCGGAGUAUCAGGAGGUUCUUCAGGCACCCUUCUUAUCGGCGUCUACUCUUCCCUACCCUUGGGACGCAGUGUUUGACGCCCAUGUAAAGAACCUUCAGUCUGCCCAUC